UUGCAGUAGGUCCUUAAAACAGAGGGCUAUGUCACAUAUAGAGAAUCUUUGACAGGCUUUUGUUGCAGUAGGUCCUUAAAACAGAGGGCUAUGUCACAUAUAGAGGAUCUUUGACAAGCUUUUUUUUGCAGUAGGUCCUUAAAACAGAGGGCUAUGUCACGUAUAGAGGAUCUUUGACAGGCUUUUGUUGCAGUAGGUCCUUUAAACAGAGGGCUAUGUCACAUAUAGAGGAUCUUUGAGAAUCUUUUUUUUGCAGUAGGUCCUUAAAACAGAGGGCUAUGUCACAUAUAGAGGAUCUUUGACAAGCUUUUUUUUGCAGUAGGUCCUUAAAACAGAGGGCUAUGUCACGUAUAGAGAAUCUUUGACAGGCUUUUGUUGCAGUAGGUCCUUUAAACAGAGGGCUAUGUCACAUAUAGAGGAUCUUUGAGAAUCUUUUUUUUUGCAGUAGGUCCUUAAAACAGAGGGCUAUGUCACAUGUAGAGGAUCUUUGAGAGGCUUUUUUUGCAGUAGGUCCUUAAAACAGAAGGCUAUGUCACAUAUAGAGGAUCUUUGAGAGGCUUUUUUUUUUGCAGUAGGUCCUUAAAACAGAGGGCUAUGUCACAUAUAGAGGAUCUUUGACAGGCUUUUGUUGCAGUAGGUCCUUAAACAGAGGGCUAUGUCACAUAUAGAGAAUCUUUGACAGGCUUUUGUUGCAGUAGGUCCUUAAAACAGAGGGCUAUGUCACGUAUAGAGGAUCUUUGACAAGCUUUUUUUUGCAGUAGGUCCUUAAAACAGAGGGCUAUGUCACGUAUAGAGGAUCUUUGACAGGCUUUUGUUGCAGUAGGUCCUUUAAACAGAGGGCUAUGUCACAUAUAGAGGAUCUUUGAGAAUCUUUUUUUUUGCAGUAGGUCCUUAAAACAGAGGGCUAUGUCACAUAUAGAGGAUCUUUGAGAGGCUUUUUUUGCAGUAGGUCCUUAAAACAGAGGGCUAUGUCACAUAUAGAGGAUCUUUGAGAGGCUUUUUUUUUGCAGUAGGUCCUUAAAACAGAGGGCUAUGUCACAUAUAGAGGAUCUUUGACAGGCUUUUGUUGCAGUAGGUCCUUAAACAGAGGGCUAUGUCACAUAUAGAGAAUCUUUGACAGGCUUUUGUUGCAGUAGGUCCUUAAAACAGAGGGCUAUGUCACGUAUAGAGGAUCUUUGACAGGCUUUUGUUGCAGUAGGUCCUUAAAACAGAGGGCUAUGUCACGUAUAGAGGAUCUUUGACAGGCUUUUGUUGCAGUAGGUCCUUUAAACAGAGGGCUAUGUCACAUAUAGAGGAUCUUUGAGAAUCUUUUUUUUUGCAGUAGGUCCUUAAAACAGAGGGCUAUGUCACAUAUAGAGGAUCUUUGAGAGGCUUUUUUUGCAGUAGGUCCUUAAAACAGAGGGCUAUGUCACAUACAGAAGAUAUUGAACUGUUUUUUUGCAGUAGGUCUUUAAAAACAGCAGAGUGCUCCUGUCACAUAUAGAAGAUCUCAGGCUUGUAUUUUUGCAAUAGGUCUUCAAAAAAAUCAGAUUUCUCCUGCCACAUAGAGGAUCUUUGGCUCGCAUUUUUGAAGUUGGUCUUCAAUAAAACAGCAGCAAGCUCCUGUCACAUAUAGCAGAUCUUUAAGUAGCAUUUUAAACUUGGUCAUUAAAAGUUUAGAGAUUCUUUUGACAAGCUUGUUUUUUUGCAAUCGCUACAUUUAGAUGAUCUUUGAAAAGCCUUUUUAAUUGGGUCUUCAGAGUGCUUCUAUAGAGGAUCUUGGGCUAGCAUUUUCCCAAUAGGUUUUCAAAAACAGCAGAGCGCUUCUGUUAUCCUGCAUGCAGAGGAUCUUUGACAAGGGUUUUUGAAGUGGGUCUUAAAAAACUGCAGCACGCUCCUGUCACAUAUAGAAGAUCUUGGAUUAGGAUUUUGGCUUUAGGUCUUAAAAAUCAACAGGGGGUUCUGUUAUAUAGACAAUCUUUGACUAGUAUUUUGAAUGGGUCUUCAAAAACAGCAGGGGGCUUCUGUUAGCUAGAGGAUAUUUGACUAGUGUUUCCGCGGUCGGUCCUUAAAAACUGCAGAAUGUGCCUCCCACAGAGGAUCUUUGACCAGCUUUUUUGCAGUAAAACCCUAAAAACCGUAGAAUGCUCCUGUCACAUAUAGAGAAUCUCGGGGUAGCGUGUUUGCAGUAGUUCUUUUGAAAACAGCAGAGGGCUUCUGUCAUACGGAGGAUCUUUGACCAGUGUUUUUUUGCAGUAUGUCCCCAAAAAACGCAGAACAUGCCUCUCCCAGAGGGGUUUGGACAUUUUUUUUUUGAUUAGUUCCUUAUAAAAAAAAGUGGCCUUGCCACAUAUAGAAUAUCUUUGACUAGCAUUAUUUUUUUUUUUACAAUAUGUUGCUAAAAACAGCAGAUAGCUUUUGUCAUAUAGAGCAGUGGUCCCCAACCUUUUUGUGGCUGCGGACUACAAAGAUUUGUCCCACAGACCAGGUGAGUGGGAGGGGCGUUUUAUUAUUAUUAUUAUUUUUUUUUUUUCCAUAAAGUAAUACAAUCAUGUGUGCUUACGGACUGUAUCCCUGCAGACUGUAUUGAUCUAUGUUGAUAUAUAAUGUAUAUAUUGUGUUUUUUAUGUUGAUUUAAUAAUUAAAAAAAAAUUACAUUUAUUUUUUUGUGGUUGGGGACCACUGAUAUAGAGGAUCUUCGUCUACUGUUUUUGUUUAAAAAAAAAGCAGCUCAAUCCUGUCACAUAUGGAGGGGUUUUUGACUCACAUUUUUUGCAAUAGGUCCUAAAAACAGUCCUCCUGUCAUAUAUAGAGGAUCUUUUACUAUAAUUUUUGCAGUAAAUCCACAAAAAAAACAUAAUUUUAUUUGUUUAAACGAUCUUUGACAAGUGCUAAUGUUAGUGUUAACAUGUUACUCUUGUUUUAACUUGUGACAUCAAUAAAAAAUAGUAUUGACACUAAAUAUAAAAUGAUGCCAGUGAAGACUUUUUAAUGUUUCCACCCCCUAGAGCAGUUUUUUUUUUUUUUAAAUAGCAACAAUUCAAAAAUCCUUUAUAAAUACAUGUAUUGAAUAAUACUUCAACAAAAUAUGAAUGUAAGUUCUUAAAGUGUGAAAAGAAAUGCAACAAUGCAAUAUUCAGUGUUGACAGCUACAUUUUUUGUGGACAUGUUCCAUAAAUAUUAUUGUUUUUUUGUGAAGAAAUGUUUAGAAUUAAGUUAAUGAAUCCAGAUGGAUCUCUAUUACAAUCCCCAAAGAGGGCACUUUAAGUUGAUGAUUACUUCUAUGUGUAGAAGUAAUUUAUAAUUGAAUCACUUGUUUAUUUUUCAACAAGUUUUCAGUUAUUUUUUAUAUCUUUUUUUUCCCAAAUAGUUCAAGAAAGACACUACAAAUGAGCAAUAUUUUGCACUUUUAUGCAAUUUCAUAAAUCAGAAAAUGAUGACAUAGUGCUGUAUUUUACUUCUUUAUCUCUUUUUUUCAACCAAAAAUGAUUUGCUCUGAUUAGGGGGUACUUUAAUAAAAAAAAAUGUUCAUCACUAAAAAAAGGUUGAGAACCACAGUCCUAAUUUUUGUUAUCGAGUGUAUUUUUCUCUACGACCACUAGGGGGUAGUAACGUGCUGUGACGAGUUCCCCAUGCAGUGUGUCGUGUUAUAAACAUCUGAAUUGGCCAACUUUGCAUUGUGGGAGAGUUUUAUUAUUAUUGAUAAAGUAAAAGUAUGAACGUGUAGUUCGUUGUAUUUAACUUAUGCUAAUAAUCACUUGACGAACAAGCUUUGCAAUGAUGAAAUAAUAAAAGUAUCCGCAUUCGUUAAAUGAUUUCCGAGUUUCAUUGAACGCAACGGGGCCAUCACACAGGAACUCGGCGUACGCCCUGAACGUCGCACGUAGAGCAACAAAUGCCGAUUAAAUAAAUAAAUAAAAUGAAACAAGGAGAAAAAGAAGACGACGCUGGAGAGGAAAGUACGGUUUGAAAAAACAAAAACAAAAAAAACAGAAAAGCUUGAACUACUUGGUUUUUGCGCGCCUCCCGCCCUUCUUCCGCCUCCCCCGGACGUGCGCGUUCACGCGGAGUGACGCGCGCGCGCGUGUGUUUACAAGUGAGUUUUGAACGAGUGCCAGCAGCGAGGCAGCGAGGAGGCAUGGUGGACAACUCAGGCACUAGUAAGGCGCAAAUGCCCAGCAUGUCUCAGGAGGCCGGCGUAGCCUUUCCUCAGAGCUCCUCCACAGGGGGCAUGAAGCUGGAGGCGGUGAUGGAGCAACUCCAGCGCCAGCAGCAGGCGCGACUAGAAAUGGAGCGCAAGGAGAGGAAGCUGCGAGAGGCCCACAUCAUGUACGCCCAGCAGGUGGCCGCCCAGCAGGCCAUCCUGGCGGCCGCCCGGGCUUCCGGGGCCAACUUCAUGGGCAAGGGUCUGGCAGUGGGGGCGAUGCCCGGGGGCGGCGGCGGCGGCGGCGCGCCACCCCCCCGCGUGUCCAACCAGAGCAGCGUGGACUCUGAGAAGGAGGAGGACGACGACCGGGGUCGAGAUUCGGCCGACGAGGACGACGACAACGAGAUGAUGGACGGCGACGAGCGCAGCGACGAGGAGGAGGGCGGCGCCGGCGGGCUGGAGUUCCUCCGCAAGCAGACGCUGGCGCUGCAGCAGAGCGCCGCCCGCAUCCAGCAGGCCCGCCCUUACGGCAGCUUUGCCGCGUCGGCGCCCCAGAGGCCGCCGUCCCCGCCCAUCCGAGUCAAGCAGGAGCCCGACGAGGGGCUGUCGCCCGCGGGGGCCCACCCUGCUACCUCCCCCAACGGCCAGGCGGACUGGAGCUUUGACGACCACUUCAGACAGAACGGAAGUGCGAGCUGGGCGGACGAGGCCGACAGCAGCAGAGGGCGGGGAGAAGCCUCCAGAGACUUCGCCAAGCUGUACGAGCUGGACAACGACCCCAAACGGAAGGAGUUCUUGGACGACCUCUUCACCUUCAUGCAGAAAAGAGGCACCCCCGUCAACCGCAUCCCCAUCAUGGCCAAGCAGGUGCUGGACCUGUACAUGCUCUACAAGCUGGUGACGGAGAAGGGCGGCCUGGUAGAGGUGAUCAACAAGAAGAUCUGGAGAGAGAUCACAAAGGGACUCAACCUGCCGACCUCCAUCACCAGCGCGGCCUUCACCCUGCGCACGCAGUAUAUGAAGUAUCUGUACCCCUACGAGUGCGAGAGGAAGGGCCUCAGCUCCCCGGGCGAGCUCCAGGCGGCCAUUGACAGCAACCGGCGCGAGGGCCGGCGCCCCAGCUACAGCAGCAGCCUCUUCCGCUUCUCGCCCUCGCCCAGUACGGCGCCGCACAUCCUCUCGCCUCCCAAGAUGCACCUCUCCGCCCUGGCCGCCGGGACCUCGGGGGUCCUCAAUGGCCUGCACGCCUCGCCGGGAUCCUCCAUGAAGAAAGACGACCUGACCUCCUCCAUCAUGGCGGCCCGGCCCUCCAUGGCGCUGACUUUGGGCCAACAUCAGGUGGCGGGCCUGGCGCGCGCCGCCACGCUGGAGCAGCUGCGGGAGAAGCUGGAGACCGGUGUGGGCGUCAUGGCCGGGGAGGGCCCGGAGAGGAAGAUGGCGCGCCUGGCAGAGGAGCAGCAGCGCCUCAUGCAGCAGGCCUUCCAGCACAACCUGCUGGCCAUGGCCUCGCAAAUGCCCAUGAACCUGCGCCUGGGGGCCCCCGCCGUGGCACACAAAGAUGAGAAGCAGCAGGACAUGUCUCUGAGCAUCUCCACCAACGGCAACGCCAGCAUCACCGUCUCAGUGGAGGUCAACGGCACCAUGUACUCAGGAACACUCUUCGCCCAGAAGGCCGGAGGGGUCCUGGGGGCCGCCGCCGCUGCUUCUGCCCCGGCCGCCGGAUCCGGCUUUGCCUUCUCGGCGCCCCCGACUCAGACCCUCAGCCCGGCGUCCACCUCCUCCUCCUCCUCCUGCUCCAAGGGCCCCGGUCUGGCCGAGCUGGCCCCCAACGGGUCGCCCUAAUCGCGAGGGCCCGCCCCUUCUGUGCCCCUCCCCCAACCCCCCCGCCCACACACCCUCCCCCCCUCCAUCGGGCGCAUGAAUAUUCAGUACAGUGAGAAAGAUUUCAAACUGUUGCACAACAAUUACCUCAUCAACCCUGUCGACUUCUUGGCUGUCCAACGGUGAGGAGACAAGUCCACACACACGUGCUGGGAACGCACGACUAUGCAUCACACACACACACACACACACACACACACGCUAAACACAAUCAGCGCAGCCAAAACCCACUGACAGGCGUCGUCACAACUGAACUUGAAAAUCUUUUUAGCAUAUUUUCUUUCGUUUGUUGCCAUUUUGUUGUCUUGGAUUUUGUGUUUCUAGAAUGUUCUCUCGACAUACCUCAAAUCAAGAAACCUGCAGUGGCGUCGUUUUUACCUCAGGACUACAAAAUAUUUAACCUCGAUCCUACAGCUUCUCUCUUCUUCCCUCGUCUGGAGAAGUUUCUCGCUGCAAUCAGAGUCAGGUGUGGGCACAAGGUGAAAUAGGGAAGAGAAAAAAAACCCCAAAAAAAACCUCACGGUUCUUGCUGCCACCCCUCCACGCGGACCAGCCCGGUCCCCGACUGAACCACAGCAACCUCCCUUCCAAACUUUUAAAGCGUUCGGGGAUGUGCGGGCGUCCCUCUCAGGAAGCUUUAGCCCCGCCCCCCGUGGAAGAAUGAACUUAAAAGAAUUACCUCAUGUGCGAAACACUACAUAUACCUCAUAGGGCGGGCAGGAUGGAAGCCCCGCCCCCCUUUGCCCCCUCUCGUCAACUGACAACAAAACACACGCUUGUCUCUCUGUUGUACAAAAACACUUUUUUUUUUUUUUUUUUUUUAACCCUUUGCGUUGCCUCGUUAAGACCUCCGACGCGCGCGUACAAUCACCUGACUUCGCCCGCAAUGUUGCACAGCUAGAUACCAAAAAGUAAACACACGCGUGCAAAGCAGUGGGCGGUGCAUUUAGCACAAAACCAUGCAAAAUAUGCUAAUUGAGCGCCACAAAGCGGCUUCGGUGACAAAGAAACAAAGUCUAAUAUUUAAUAAUGUGUCUUACUAGGACAGUCCAAUAAAUACUUUUUUUGUU